UGGACACAGCAGAUCACCGAUCAACGGAAAGAGCUGAAGAUGUCGGCUCGGUCAUGUGAUCAGCUGUGUCCAAUCACAGCUGAUCAGGGAACAUGUACACUGAUCAUCAGGGCACUGAUGAUCAGUGUGCCCUGAUGAUCGGUGUAGCCCCAGCAGUGCCACCUGUCAGUGUCCAUCAGUGCCAACUGUCAGUGCUCAUCCAUGCCACCUGUCAGUGCCCAUCACUGCCACAUUUCAGUGCCUACCAGUGCACAUCAAUGCCACAUAUCAGUGCCUAUCUGAGCUGCCUUUCAGUGUCACAAAUCAGUACCAGUCAGUGCCACCUAUCAAUGCCAGUCAGUGCUACCUAUCAGUGCUGCCAAUCAGUGCCGCCUAUCAGUGCGAUAUAUGAGUGCUGCCUUUCAGUGCCCAUCAGUGAUGCCUGUCAAUGCCCAUCAGUGCCACCUACCAGUGCCUCCUAAUCAGUG